AUGACUCGUGACAUUGCGAACCAUUUGUUGUUCGAAGUGGCGACUGAGGUCGCCAAUAAGGUUGGUGGUAUUUACUCGGUUUUGAAGUCGAAGGCGCCUAUCACGUGCAAGCAGUAUGGCCCUAAGUACAUGCUUUUGGGUCCGUUGAACCCGCAAUCGAUGCAGGUGGAGGUGGAGCCCGUGGACUGGGAGAAAGAGGAGAACUUCUACAUCAAGGAGGUGCAAUGGGCGUUGCGUUCGAUGUACAACCGUGGGGUGCGUUUCACGUACGGGCGCUGGCUUAUCGACGGAGCGCCCAUGGUGAUUUUGUUCGAUAUCAACUCCGUGCGCGGUUACAUGAACGAGUGGAAGGCGGAUCUGUGGGAGAUCGCGGGCAUUCCGUCACCGGACGGAGACUUCGAGACCAACGACGCCAUCUUGUUGGGCUACACGGUGGCGUGGUUCCUAGGCGAAUUGGCCCACAUGAACCAGACCAACGCCAUCGUGGCGCAUUUCCACGAGUGGUUGGCCGGUGUGGCCGUCCCGUUGUGCAGAAAACGUCGCAUCGACGUCGUCACCAUCUUUACCACACACGCAACUUUGCUAGGAAGAUACUUGUGUGCCGGUAACGUCGAUUUCUACAACAACUUGGACAAGUUCGACGUGGACGCCGAAGCGGGCAAACGUGGGAUCUACCACCGUUACUGCAUCGAGCGCGCCGCCGCCCACAGCUCAGACGUGUUCACCACAGUCUCACAGAUCACAGCGUAUGAAAGUGAACAUCUUUUGAAACGUAAACCAGACGGCAUCUUGCCCAACGGUUUGAACGUCAUCAAGUUCCAAGCAGUUCACGAAUUCCAAAACUUGCAUGCAUUGAAAAAGGAAAAGAUCAAUGACUUCAUCAGAGGCCAUUUCCACGGCAACUUCGACUUCGACCUUGACAAGACUCUAUACUUCUUUAUCGCUGGCCGGUAUGAGUACCGUAAUAAGGGUGCCGAUAUGUUCAUAGAAGCGUUGGCUAGAUUGAACCACAGAUUAAAGGCUUCCGGGUCCAAAAUGACAGUCGUUGCAUUCAUCAUCAUGCCAGCAAAAAAUAAGUCCUACACCGUCGACGAACUAAGAGGACAAGCUGUCGUGAGCCAGUUGGAAAACUCCGUCAAGGAUGUUACCCAACUCAUCGGUAAGAGAAUCUUCGAACACGCCAUGAGAUUCCCUCAUAACGGCACAAAGACAGAAAUCCCAACUUCCCUUGAAGAAUUGUUGAAACCAAGCGACAAGGUCCUAUUGAAGAAACGUGUGUUUGCAUUGCGUAGGCCAGAGGGAACCCUACCCCCAAUCGUGACCCACAACAUGGUGGACGACGCUACGGAUCCCGUCUUGAACCAAAUCAGACGUGUCCAAUUGUUCAACAACUCGUACGAUCGUGUCAAGAUCAUUUUCCAUCCAGAGUUCUUGAACGCCAAUAACCCAAUCUUAUCUCUAGAUUACGACGAGUUCGUCAGAGGUUGCCAUUUGGGUGUGUUCCCUUCGUAUUACGAGCCAUGGGGUUACACCCCAGCAGAGUGUACCGUCAUGGGUAUCCCAUCCAUCACAACCAACUUGUCCGGUUUUGGUGCAUACAUGGAGGAUUUGAUAGAGAAGGAUCAGGCUAAGGAUUACGGUAUCUACAUCGUAGACCGUCGUUUCAAAAACCCAGACGAGUCUGUCAACCAGCUUGUCGACUACAUGGAGGAGUUCGUCCUCAAGACCCGUAGACAAAGAAUCAACCAAAGAAACAGAACUGAACGUUUAUCCGAUCUAUUGGACUGGAGACGUAUGGGUUUAGAAUACGUCAAGGCUCGUCAACUUGCCUUGCGUAGAGCGUACCCAGAUGAGUUCAAAGAAUUGACAGGCGGAAACGAACUCGAUGACUCCAACAUGGAUUCAAUGGCAGGUAAAAAACAAAAAAUCAAGGUCGCAAGACCUUUGAGUGUCCCUGGCUCUCCAAAGGACUCUAGAGCAAGCAGCGUUGGCGCCGUAAUGAUGACUCCCGGCGAUUUCGGGACUCUACAAGACGCUAACAACGCAGAUGACUAUUUCCAUCUUGCCAUGGAUGACGACGAAGAGGACGAUGAAGAAGAUUAUUAG